AGGCGGGGUUACCGUGGAGACGUGGACGGGACGUGGUUACCGUGGAGCAGAUGUCGGUGAUGAUGAUUCUGAUGAUGAUGAUGAUGAGGGAAAGCGGCAUAAAGCACUUCGCUAGGCAUCUACACCUUUUAUUGAUGAGGACAUGAAUCUUCUCUGAAAUCACUGCAUACUCUGAGAAGCAAUUUUACAAGAUCUUAAGGAGAACACAGAAGUGCUGGCCGGUUCCCAGCAGAUGACUGGUGUUCCUCUCCGACUCCCAUGGUAAAUAUUGGCCUCAAGCUUCCGUCCAGAUUUAUCUGCUCUGCUCCGGGCUGCUCCCUCACUGGUCUGCUACCUAUCCAACUCAGAGGUCUCCACAUGCUUGCAGGCUGAUGAUGGAGUCAGUGCUGGUGUACAGAGUGGGUCUGGACUGUUGGGUGGAAUAACAGAAUACCUGAACCAAUCUGAGAUUCAUAUAAAGCCUACAGUUGCAGUGCUGUUCCUCCUCAGCCAGAAUGGGCACCCAGGAUGUUCCCCAUGGGAACCUUGAAGGUCUUGAUUCUGAUACGAUCAAGGAUGAGUCACUUUGUUUGACCAAAGCCAUUGGCACUGGGCACAGUGACAGGACAGACAGGACCGAGAGUGAUGACACCGACUCUGCGGACAGCGACAAUGGUCUGGAGGAUUCACCGACAAACACUACCUGGGACAAUUCUAGGAGAGCUUCAUCAGACGAAUCCUCUUCUUCACGUCAGAGUGUUGACUCAGUGUUGGAUGAUGAAGCAGUAUUGGAAUGUAGAGAAUUCAUGAGGAGAUAUGUCGAGAAAAUCUUCAGUGGGAGGGAAGAAAUUGGCCAGGAGGAAAAAGCCCGCUUCGGAGAGCUGAGCUCUGAGGAAAACAGCCAAGGCAGAGAGUGGUUUGCAAAAUACGUUAGCGCCCAGCGGUGCCAUUCCAAGUGCAUCUCUGAGCAUGCUUUCUACCGACUGGUGCAGUCUUUUGCAGUUGUUCUGUUUGAGUGCUACCAAAUGGAUGACUUUGGUCCUGCCAAGAAUCUAAUGACCAUGUGCUUCACCUUCUAUUAUGUGGGAAAAUCCUUUCUAAAUGUGUCUGAUCUGAGGGUGAAAACGGCUGACUCAAGCGUGAAAACAGGCAAUCGCUGGCUGGCGGAGAAAAGGGAACUUGCUGCACAACUGCUAAAAAACACCGAAAAUAUGAAGGGUUUCUUUGGGGGUCUGGAGAGGAAACUGAAGGUGAAAAAUGAAGAUACGCAAAACCAGACUGGGGAGAAGUCCAAGAAGAGUGUGAGAAUGGAAUGUCUGGAGGAGGUGAAAGGGAUGAAGAUUUACCUGUACACACACCUGAAGCUGCAGCCUAUCUGGCACACCCUGAGGUUUUGGAAUGCUGCCUUCUUUGAUGCGGUCCACUGUGAGCGCAGGAAGCGAUCGCCAACUACCAGGGAGAAAUGGUGUCAUAUGACUGCAGAGGAGCGUGAUGACAGCCAUCGAUUUAACGAGAACAUCGCCUUUGGACAACUGGGGACUUUCACGCACAACAUGUUGGCAUUUGGAUUGAGCAAGAAACUGUGCAGUGACUUCCUGAAGAAGCAAUCGGUGAUUGGGAACCUGAACCAAGGUCGGAUUGCAGUUAUUUAUGAAGAUGGUUUGGGUUUGGUUGAUUUCCACAUCUCCAAACGGCUGUGUGUUUUAUAUGUUUCUGAGGCUGAUCUCGUGGUUGGAAACACCUAUAAAAGAAAGCUUGUCCAAUUUCGGAAGGCGAGCACUUUAAAUGGAAUAAUUGUAUUGGAAAAGACCCAGCUGAGUGAGCAGUACUUCCCUGAGGUGCAGAGGUUUGUGGUGUUGGAGCUGGGCAUGACGCUGCUGCCUGUAGCCAGCCAGACUGAGGCCUCACAUCUCAUCACCCAGUUGGUUCUCGAGGAGAGUAGGGAGCAGGGUCGCAAUCCGUUCCAGCACAGGGCACGCUCCCGUUUGUCUGAUGCUAGGGUCCUGGCCACCGUCCAGCAAAUCCCUGGAGUUGGGAAAGUCAAAGCCAUGAGUCUCCUGAGGCACUUCCCCAGUAUUCAGCAGCUCAGUGCUGCCAGGCCACAGGAGCUGGAAGCAGUAACGGGAAGGGCACUGGCUCAGCAGAUUACUCAAUUCUUCUCAACAACAAACUGACGCUCGGUAUGAAUCUGGUGGAUCAUGGAUUAUUAAUGUCAGAGCUUUACUCGGGCAACACGUGGUGAGGGGGCUUUACUGCUAGAUGGCUACCACUCACUCAAGCAAUACGCCAGGUCAGUCUGCUUAGGUGUCUUGUGUGAAAUAUUGUAAUGGGGUUUGUGGUGGGGUGAGAGAGUAGGGGUGGGGUGGGCCACAGGAAGCUGCUGUAUUUCAUUGACAAGGUAGCCCAGUGUGCAGGAGGUACUCUCAGAGCACUCCGUAAAUAAUCAUUUCAAUGUUUCAGCACAGAAGGGUUGUGCCUUAGCUCUAAGAAUGGGGAGCUCCGUGAAUAAUGUAGGAGAAAUACCUGCCAGUCUAUCUCAGUACUGUCUGCUGCAAUGAUCAGCCUUUUUACAGAGUAAGGGGCUGUGUCCUGGGAGAGAUUUUGGACACCGUGAGCUGACUGGGAAAUGGGUUUAUGCAAAGUGACUCAAUUAAAUAUCUCUUGCUCCCUGAACUCUCUCAGACAAGUGAUCAGUUGGGGUGGAAUUCUGUUGGGUGAGAUAGAGUUAGGCUGGGUUAGGUGCGGUACUUCCAUCAGACAAUUGUUAUGACUGAGCUGGGAGGAGUGUAUUUUCUGUCUCUAGUUCCACUACCACGGGUCACAACGUAUCUUUAAAUGGUUUCUCCAGCUGGCUACACCGCCGAAUACGUGCUUUCCCUAUGAAUCUUUGAAUGACUCUCAAUGCCCAGGUUUCUUCAAUAAACAAAAUUAUUAGUUUAUUAUAAAACCAGACUUGUCAAAUAGAAAGGCAAAGCUUAACAAAAUAAAAUAAAAUAUAGGAAUUCUGACAAAAGAAUAAAAGUCAGUGGUUCAAAGGAAAAGGAUAGAUAGCGGAGUUCUCAAAACAGCAUCCAGGUUAUAUAGUUGGUUUCUCCGCUGUAAACCACCUUGUGACCCUUUUGUACACAGUCCACUGGGAUCAAGGGGUUUCCAGCUUCUUUAAAACUGCUUAAUUACCUUUUCUUGUAAAAUGCUGUCUUUUCCAGAAACAGCAGCAACCAGAGUCCUUGCAUUAACCAUUUAAGGGACAGAGACUUUUAAAAACACAAACUCUUCCAGAAUGCUCUUAGUCAUUGAAGAUGAACCAUGUUCUGUGAUCAAAGCGUUUAUGACACUUCCUGCCUUGGAAAAAUGAAAUGCCAAAUUUGUGUGUUUCAUUACAGAGCGUAAAAAAACCCCAAAAAUACUAAAAUGCACCCACACCCUCAUUCAUUCAUUCAAAAUUGAUGCAAAACUAAUACCAUUAUUCUCUGUAUCAUUUUGGACAUUUUGAAGCUAAGUUAAAUUCUAGGCAGUUACAUUGUUUUUCCCCGCAAUGUGGACGAUCUUUGUGAUAAGAUUGCAAUAAUAAACU